AUGAUUCGUGAUCGUGAUCGCAGUGUUUUGGGAACGAAUCGACUGUGUUGUGGUGUGUUGUUGGUUGAGUGUCUCGGUCUGUUCUGCUUGUUGUACAUGGAAGAUAGAGGGGAGAGCACCCAUGGUACUGCAAUUCCAAAAAAAUCGAGAUCUUUGGAUCUGAAGAGUUUGUAUAAACCAAAAGUGAGAAAAGAGAGUCCAGAGAAGGGCUUAAAGAGGAAAGGGUGUCAUCCUGGGGGUGUUGAUGAGAAUGCAAACAAGAGAAAGAAGACCAGAAAGGAAGUGUCUCUAAGUAGCUUAGAUAAUGCUGAUGUUGGCCACAAGAAAGUUGUUGAUGAAGAAUGGCAAAAAGGGUUUGGUUUUGGUAGGCAGGAUUUGUGUGAACAAAAGUUGGAGCCAAAACAGGGAUCAAGUAGCAAUACGGGACUGAAUAGAGGUUCACUGUGUUUUGAUGGAAAUGUUCACAUUCCGAAGCGAAGGAGGGAUUUUGUGGGGAGAAGGAAAUUCGAAGUUAGUCUGGCGCCAAAAUUGGCUGGAGAGCCUAGUAAUACAGGUGGCCAUGGUGAUCAGAUACCUAAGUUAAGUAGUGUUGAUUUGAAGAGGGGGAUUGAGUCUUCAAAGAUCAAACUCAAAAGAGAUUUUGAUGAGUUUAAGGGAACUAAGAGUAAAUCUGUUGUAAAUAGUGGUGAUUUCUCCUCAAAGAAGUCACUGAAGAAGGACAGAAAGAAAAAGGCUUUUGCUCCAGAUAAAAAUAAGGUUGACACAGAUGUGAAGCCUCCUAUUGAGAGUAGUAAAAAGUCUGAUUACAAGCAAAAAGCUGUUGCUCCUGAUAGAAGCAGGGUUGCCCAGGAGGUUAGACCUCUGAUUGAUGAUAGUAAAACAUCUGACUAUAAGCAAAGGUCUUUGGCUCCAGAUAGAAAUAAAGUUGCCAAGGAGGUUAAGCCUCUGAUUGAUGCUAAUAAAAUAUCUGAUUAUUUACGGGAAGAUGAGGAGGAGAAUCUUGAAGAGAAUGCAGCAAGGAUGCUGUCUUCAAGAUUUGAUACAAAUUAUGCCGGAUUUUGUUCAGGUAGUAAGCCCUCUACAUUGCCAUCAUCAAAUGGGUUGUCCUUUUUGCUCUCUUCUAGUCGGAAUAUUGAUAGUUGUGGGUCAAAGUCUCAGUCAGGUUCAGAAUCAGCAUCAGUUGAUACUGCUGGUAGAGUGUUGAGGCCAAGGAAGCAAUACAAUGAAAAAGGUAGUUCCCGAAAGAGGCGACAUUUUUAUGAAAUUUCACUAGGUGACUUAGAUAAACAUUGGAUACUGAACCAGAGAAUUAAGGUUUUUUGGCCUUUGGACCAAAGUUGGUAUCAUGGUCUUGUUGAUAACUAUAACAGAGAAACAAAGUGUCAUCAUAUCAAAUAUGAUGAUCGAGAAGAAGAAUGGAUUAAUCUUGAAACUGAGAGGUUCAAACUCCUGCUACUUCCAAGUGAAGUUCCUGGAAAAGCAGGGAAAAAAAGAGCAGUAAGGAAACAUAAAAGCUCUGAUGAGCAAAAAGGAAGCCUGUCCGGCAAAGAAAGACAAAGACGAGAUGUGAUUACCGAGGAUGAUAGCUGUGGUGAAAGCUGUAUGGACACAGAGCCUAUAAUCUCUUGGUUGGCUCGAUCUUCUCAUCGGUUUAAGCCUUCUGCUUUUAACGGGGUUAAGAAAAAGAAAAGUCCUAAUGCACUUCCAAGUACAUCGUCAUCAUUGUUAUGUGAUGAAACUGUAAAAUCGCACAGGUGCUUAGCUGAGAGUUCCCCAAGGGAGGGUAAAAGCAGCCUUUCCAGAGAUUCUUUAUCAGAAGAUAGAUUAGGUGAUAACUUUGGGAGGAAGUCUCCAUUGCAAAGCUUUGAUUGCCCUAAAGAUGACAAGCAACCUAUUGUCUACUUUAGAAGGCGGUUUCGCAAGCCAAUGCUGAUGUCACCUCAUAUUUCUGAAGAUAAACACGUUAAAAAAACUGCAUCUUGUUCCAUUUCUUUUGAUCCUGCUGCUUGUGGGCUUAUGGAUCUGAGAGAGUCCGAUGAGGAGAGGGGUGAGAUAGAGGGGCCAUUGUGUUACACACGUAAUGCAGGGGUUUUUAAAAUAUUUUUAGACACAGGUUCAGCAACAUCCAAGUUUGCCUUAAAAUAUCCAAUACAAUUGUUGUUGAAUGACUCGUUUAAAUUAGAGAAUUUGUGGUUGUUCCGAGCUAUUCUGCUACUUCAGUAUGGUACAGUUGUGACCUUGUGGCCUAGAGUUCAUUUAGAGAUGCUUUUUGUCGACAAUGCGGUUGGGCUGAGGUUCCUCUUAUUUGAAGGCUGCUUGAUGAUGGCUGCAGCCCUUGUCUUUUGUGUCCUUCGGUUAUUUCAUCAACCUGCUGAAGAAGGGAAGUAUAUUGAUUUGCAGUUGCCUGCUACAUCUAUCAGAUUCAGAUUUUCAAGUGUUUAUGGUGUAAGGAAGCCUCUUGUGUUUACAUUUUACACUUUCUCCAGAGUGAAGAAUUCAAAAUGGAUGUAUUUAGAUUCAAAACUUCAGAGACAUUGCUUACUCAGUAAGCAGCUCCAUCUCUCUGAAUGCACGUAUGAUAACAUCCAGGCGCUUCAAAAUCAAUCAAGUGAGUAUCCGAUUACUUCCAUCAGAGGCAACCCCUUAGUCAAGGUACUUUCUCCAAUUUUGUUAUGUUUGCUAAUUGGUAACACCAUGUCCGCCUCAUUUCCAGAAUAUGUCACGAAGAAGAGGAUUAGGCCAGGGAUUAACAUUAUGGGUGUUUCCAGAGAGUUAUCUCAGGCUGAUACUAGUGAAUCUUCUGAUUCUGGCAAGAGGAAGAUUCCUCCAUUUUCACUUUCUUUUGCUGCUGCACCUACUUUUUUCAUUAGUUUACAUCUUAAAUUGCUGAUGGAAAAGUCAGUAGCUCAUAUUAGCUUUUGUGAUCAUGCAUUGGUAGAUGAUCCGGAAGUCUUUGGUCUGAUGACCGAUGACUGCUCCAGCAUUGAUGAUUACCCUAACCGGACUACUGAAUUUAAUGUGAAGAAAAAUAUGAUGACGUUAUCUAAGGAUGCUGUGCAUGAUGGAUUGACUUGUGCUGAAUCAGAUUUAUUAAUUAGUCCAUCUAAUUGCAGUGAUCAAAUUCUCUCUCAAAAUUACCAGAAUAUUGAUCUUAGUGCUGAUAGAACUUCCAUAUUGGAUCGUUCGGAGAGGCCUCCUACUGUUCAGUUACAUGAGUGGAAAACACAUCAUUUUGACCAUUCUUUUCCUUCAAAUUCUUUAACUGAUAAGAUUAAAGGUGAUGAUGAUUCCCAUUCUUUUCUGUGCGAUUUGAGUGUCCAAAUACCUUCUGUUGAUCAAUUUGAGAAACCUUGUGAUAGUGAUUUGCGUGAUGCUCAACACUCUUCUGAUUUUUCCUGGAAUGCAAAUGGAGGUGUCAUUCUCAGCCCUAAUCCAACUGCUCCCAGAAGUUCUUGGCAUCGGAAUAGAAACAAUUCCUCAUCAUUUGGAUUCCAGUCUCAUGGUUGGUCUGAUGUGAAGGGUGAUUCUCUUCACAAUGGUUUUAGCAGUGGACCUAAGAAACCACGGACGCAAGUAUCUUAUUCGGUGCCUAUUUCUGGGUAUGAUUAUAAUUCAAGGCACAGAAGCCAUUAUCAGAGACAGAGAGGAUUGCCUCACAAGCGAAUUAGAAAGGCAAAUGAGAAGAAAUCAUUGGAUGUUGCUAGAAGUCCUGAAAAGAAUCUGGAGUCCUUAUCUUGUGAUGCAAAUGUGUUGAUUACCCUUGGUGAUAAGGGGUGGAGAGAAUCUGGUGCUCGAGUUGUACUAGAAUUGUUUGAUCAUAAUGAGUGGAAACUUUCUGUAAAACUUGCAGGUAUUACAAGGUAUUCUUACAAAGCACAUCAGUUUCUGCAGACUGGAUCAACAAAUCGUUACACUCAUGCUAUGAUGUGGAAAGGAGGGAAGGAUUGGAUCUUAGAAUUUCCUGAUCGAAGUCAGUGGGCUGUUUUUAAGGAGAUGCAUGAGGAAUGCUACAACCAGAACAUUCGUGCUGCUUCAGUUAAAAAUAUACCUAUUCCUGGUGUUGUCUUGAUAGAAGAAAAUUAUGAUAAUGAAUCCGAAGCUACUUUUGUUCGUGGCUCUAAAUACUUCCGACAGGUUGAAACAGAUAUAGAGAUGGCUCUGAAUCCAUUGCAUGUCUUGUAUGAUUUGGAUAGUGAAGAUGAACAGUGGAUUUUGACUAUUUCUGAGAAAGAUAAUGGUUUCUUGGAUGGGAUCUCUGAUGAGAUGUUUGAGAAAACAAUUGAUAUGUUUGAGAAGGCAGCAUAUGCUCAGCAGCGUGAUCAGUUUACUUCAACUGAAAUAGAGGAACUAACUGUUGAUGUUGGGCCCUUCUGUUUGACCAAAAUCAUUUAUGACUAUUGGCUGCAGAAAAGGCAGAAGAAGGGAAUGCCUUUAAUACGGCAUUUUCAGCCACCUCUAUGGGAAAGAUAUCAACAUGAAUUGAGAGAGUGGGAAGUAGCCAUGACGAAGAAUAAUAUUCCCAUUUCUAAUGGGUGCCUGGAUAAGGGUGUGACUUUGGAGAAGCCUGCUAUGUUUGCUUUCUGUUUGAAACCAAGGGGUUUGGAAGUACCAAACAAAGGAUCAAAACAUCGAUCACAAAAGAAAAUUUCGGUCUCAGGGCAUUCAAACAGUAUUCUGUAUGAACAGGAUGGAUUCCAUCCUUACGGAAGAAGAUUCAAUGGGUUGGCAUAUGGUGAUGAGAAGUUUGCAUUCCCCGGGCAUAAUUAUGAUUCUGUGGAUGAUUCCCCAUUGCCUCAAAUCUCCCCAAUAUUCUCACCACGAGAUGUUGGCAGCAUGGGAUAUUAUUCUAUAAACAACCGUUAUGAUAGAAAUCAUAUACCCAAAUAUAACAGAAUCAAAUCAAGGAAAUUUGGAUCAUUUGGGUUUCAUAAUGAUUCCCAUAGUCAGAGAAUUUCAUCUUCAGGGAAGAGAAAUGGGGAUAGUAGGUGGAAUGUGGGCUAUUAUGACUUGGCUGGUCACAGGCAGUACCUUGUGGAUGGUCCUCAGAGACUUGGGAUUGAUCAAAUAGAUGGUACGGAUCUCUAUGAAUUUAGAAUGCGUGAUGCCUCGGGAGCUGCUAAGCAUGCAGUUAACCUAGCCAAAAUGAAGAGAGAGAAAGCUCAGAGAUUGCUUUACAAAGCGGAUCUAGCAAUUCACAAGGCUGUGGUUGCUCUCAUGACCGCUGAAGCGAUGAAAGCUUCUGAGGAUUCAAAUGGUGAUGGACUAGAGACGCUGAUUACAGAUGAAGAGAAUGAAAUAAAAGUUCUUGAGUGUAAACAUGGCAUAAGAGAGUGA